AUGGUUAAAAAUAUAAAAAUAUUUUUAUCAUUAUUUUUUGUAGUUGUAUUAGGUUUAUUAGCUACAACAGCAAAUUCAAUGGUUAUUGGUAUUGAUUUAGGUUCACAAACAUUUAAAGUAUCAUUAAUUAAACCAGGUGCAUUUGAAACCGUUUUAAAUGAACAAUCUGGUAGAAAAACAAUUUCAUCUGUUGGUUGGUUUAAAGAUGAAAGAUUAUUUUCUUCUGAUUCAUUUAGUGUUUGGGCUAGAAAUCCAAAACAAAAUUAUAAUUUAAUUCAAGCAUUUUUAGGUAUUAAAUAUAAAGAAGGAUUAGUUGAAGAGAUUAGUAAUGGAUUACCAUUAGGAUUUAAGGUAAAGAAUGAUACUGUUAGAAAUACAGUUUCAAUUGUAUACGAUGAUGAUACCAAUUAUUCAGCAGAGGAAUUGACAGGUAUGUUAUUAAGAAGAGUUAAGGAUAUGGCAUCGUCAUAUGCAGGUUCAUCAAUCAAGGAUUGUGCAAUCACAAUUCCACCUUACUUUACACAACAACAAAGACAAGCAUUAUUGGAUGCUGCUCAAUUAGCAGGAUUAAAUGUUUUAUCAUUAAUUCAUGAUGUCAAUGCAGCUGCAUUAUCAUUUGCAAUGGAUCGUACUUUCUUAGAAAAGAAUGAGUCCGUUAUCUUUUACGAUAUGGGUGCAAGACAUACCUCUGUAUCAUUAGUUGAAUUUGAAUCUCAUAAUGAACAAAUCAAAGGUGUCAAAAAGAAUAAAACAGUUUCAUCAGCAUCAGUUAAAGGUAUUGAAUGGGAUGAAAAAUUAGGUGGAUUUGAUUUUGAUAUGGUAAUUGUAAAUCAUUUGAAAACAUUAUUAAAGAAACAAAUUCCAUCAGCCAAUGUUGAUGAUAUUAAGAUUACAAUUAAAUUAUUAAAAGAAGUUGGAAAAAUGAAAGAAAAUCUUAGCGUAAAUCAACAAGCUCAAAUCUUUAUUGGUAGUUUAGUUGAUGAUCAUGAUUUCCAAGCAACCAUUUCAAAACAACAAUUUGAAGAAUUAUCACAAUCAUUAAUUGAACGUUCAUUAUUACCACUAAAAAAAUUAAUUCUUUCAACUGGUAUUAAAUUAAAAGAUAUUGAAUAUUUUGAAGUUAUUGGUGGUGGUGUUAGAAUUCCAUUUAUUCAACAAGCAUUAAAAGAUUACUUAAAGAGAGAUACAUUAGAUAAACAUUUAAAUGGUGAUGAAGCAAUGUCAAAUGGUGCUGCAUUUUAUGCAGCAAGUUUAACACAUUAUUUUAAAGUUAAAGAAAUUAAACUUAAAGAUAUUUUAUUAAAUUCAGUUGAUGUUGAAAUUAAUAAUAAUAUAAUUAAUAGUGGCGGUGCUGGUGAAACUUUAUUAGAAGAAACUGAAGAUAAUGAAGAUAAUGAAUUAAAUAAUAGUGGUAAUGAACAACAACAACAACAACAACCAACUAUUAACCAAGGCGGAUUAAAGGAUAAAAAAAUUCAAUUAUUUAAAGUUAAUUCAAAAUUAGGUAUAAAGAAAACUGUUUCAUUUUCAUCAGAGAAUGGAUUUUCAUUAUUUUUAAAUAAUCCAACAAUUAAUAAUCCAUUAGCAACUUAUACAGUUUCAAAUGUACCAACACCAGGUGAAAAAUAUAAUUUCACUGGUAAACCAAAGAUUCAUUGUUCUUUCCGUUUAACCACUAGCGGUAUAGUUGUUUUAGAGAAAGCUGAAGCUGAAAUCACCGUUUCAUUAAUUAAACCACAACCACAACAAAAUAAAACAUCCUCAUCAACAAGCACAACUAAAAAGAAUACCACCACAAUUGAAACAACUGAUGGUGGUAGUGAAGAAACUACUGAUGAAACUACAACCAAACAACAACAACAACAAGAAAAAGAAGAGGAAGAAGAAGUUGUAGUUGUUGAAAAAGUUAUUGAAUAUAUUCAAAAAACAAUUAGAGUACCAUUAAAUUUCACAAUUAAAUAUAAUGGUUGUGUUGAACCAUUAUCAAAGGAAUUAAGUCAAGAAAGUAAUGAUAGAAUUAAUAAAUUGGAUCAAGUUGAUAGAAUUUUAAGAGAAUUAAGACAAGAGAGAAAUAAUUUAGAAUCAUUUAUUUAUGAAACUAAAGAUAAAUUGGAAUCUAAUGAAGAAUAUUUGAAAUGUUCAACUCAACAAGAGAGAGAUCAAUUGGUUGAAGAAUUGGAUAAAACAUCUGCAUGGUUAUCGGAUGCUUUGGAUAAUGAUAAUACUGAAACCGAGGAAUACCGUAAACAAUUGAAAGAUAUUAAAAAGAAAGCUGACAAAAUCGUUAACCGUGUCUCUCAAUACCAAUUGGUACCUGUCGCAUUGGAAGAGUUGGAAGACACUGUUGAUAAAGUUAAACCAAUGUUUGAAAUCGCUUCAAAGGAUUUAAAUGUAACCGCUGAGGAAUUAAAAGAAACUACUGAUAAAAUUCAAUCCGUUUCCGAUUGGGUACAAGAAAAGAAAUCUGAAUUCAAAUUAGCUGAUUAUUCAAAAGAUUUACAAACUUCCUCUUUUGAUAUUAAAUUUAAACUUUAUGAUUUAGAAAGAACAAUUAAAGAAAUUUUAAAAAAGAAAAAGAAACCUGUUAAACCAUCCUCCUCUAAAAAAGAUAAAUCUUCAAAAUCUUCAAAAGGUAAAUCAAAUUCAACUGAUGAAAAAGAUCAAAAACAAAAAGAACAAAAAGAACAACAACAACAACAAAAAGAAGAAUCUCAAUUCCAAAAUGAUGGUGCUGAGGAACAACAAUUUGAAGAUGAUCAUAAAGUUCAUGAUGAAUUAUAA